GAGGCGGGCCCUCUAUUAUGAGGCACGGCGAGAGCUCGAGCAGCGCUUGUUCUGCAGGGUUUGGAUCCGAUGGGAGCAGCAACAACGUUGUGACCGGGAAUUCCGCCGCCUCUUCUUCGACCUCAAUUUUCCGUUCCUCGUCGCAGUCAAACAGCAGUGGUGGCGGGCCUCCUGAGCACUUGCGGGCUCGGCCUGGUCAGCUGUUCACGAACCC